AGCAUGCAAACUAUAUCACAUGUACUUAAUCCUUAAUCCUUCUUGAUUUUGAUUUAAUGUCUUCCAGUACAGAACUUUUACUCAGCAUAGAAGGCUUAACUUUGUUACUUUUGAUUCAUGCCUUGUUAAUGCAGAGCUUUUAAUCAGGUGAGUUGGAGAAGUGGCAGCUCGGAGACAAUGCCGUUUGACAGAAGCAGUGAGAGAAUAUCGUUUGAUCGGAGCAGUGAGAGAAUAUCGUCUGAUCGGAGCAGCGACAGAAUAUCGUUUGGGAGCAGCGAUUUUAUGCAGAUGGCAACACGGGACAGGAUGGCUGGGAACAAGAUUCCUUCCCCCCAACAGUCAGUAACCAAUCUUAAUCUUCAGGUUCGCACGAAAGGAAGUCCAUCCUUUUCAUCUGAAUCCAGUGGAUUUUCAGGCCCAUCUAGUUUCCAAUCAUCUAAUCUGUCCUUUGAGACUUUAGACCACUCCCUCACAUCAGAUGCUUCCAGGAACUCGCUCUCCUCCCAAACUCCUCAUGAGCUAGAGGAUGAAAUGAGGAGAUUGAAACAAGAACUAAAGCAAACCAUGGAAAUGUACAGUUCAGCUUGCAAAGAAGCAAUGACUGCUAAAGAGAAGGAAAGAGAAAUUAAUCAAUGGAAGUCAGCAGAGGGACGAAAGUUGGAAGAAGCCAAGCAAGCCCAAGGGGCUGCAUUGGCUAUGGUGGAGAUGGAGAAGAGAAAAUCCAAGGCGGCCAUUGAAGCGGCACAGAUGGCACAGCGUCUAGCAGAAUUGGAAUCCCAGAAGCGAAGACAUGCAGAAAUGAAAGCAGAGCACGAGGAAGAAGAGAAGCAUAAAGUGAUGGAUGCCUUGGCACGCUUCGAAAUUCGGUGUAGAAAAUACACCAUUGAAGAAAUUGAAAUAGCCACAAAUUACUUCUCCAAUUCAGCAAAGAUUGGUGAAGGAGGAUAUGGACCUGUCUAUAAAGCCUUUCUUGAUCAUACUGCUGUUGCCAUCAAGGUUUUGAGGUCGGACAUUACACAAGGCAAAAAGCAAUUUCAACAAGAGGUUGAGGUACUAAGCCGUAUGAGACAUCCAAACAUGGUUCUCCUCGUAGGAGCGUGCCCAGAGUAUGGAUGCCUUGUAUAUGAAUACAUGGAAAAUGGCAGCUUAGAAGACAGACUCUUCAGGAGAAACAACACUCCCCCAAUCUCUUGGAGAACCCGCUUUAAAAUAGCGGCUGAAAUCGCCACUGCCCUUCUUUUCUUUCAUCAAGCAAAACCAGAGCCCCUGGUGCAUCGAGAUCUCAAACCUGCCAACAUUCUCUUAGACCAAUACUAUGUGAGCAAAAUCAGUGACGUUGGCUUAGCCAGGCUGGUACCACCAUCUGUGGCUGAUAAUGUAACUCAAUACCACAUGACAGCAGCAGCCGGGACAUUCUGUUACAUCGACCCCGAGUAUCAACAAACAGGGAUGCUGGGCACAAAAUCGGACAUAUAUUCAUUUGGUGUAAUCUUACUGCAAAUUAUUACAGCAAAGCCAGCAAUGGGUUUGACUCACCACAUUGAUAGGGCAAUCGAGAAAGGGACAUUUUUAGAGAUACUUGAUCCAACAGUAACAGAUUGGCCUGUGGAAGAGGCUUUAUCAUUUGCAAAAUUGGCUUUACAAUGUUGUGAGCUGAGAAGGAAGGACAGGCCAGACCUUGGUUCGGUCAUAUUGCCGGAACUGAACCGGAUACUGGAUGUUGGGUUGGACAAUGAAGCCAGGAAUGAUUUAUGGGAUAAGUACCCAUAAUUCAAAACAUGCGGAACAACCAAGACAGAAUCCACUUGACUUGUGAAUUUCUAAGCUAUUCUGUAUCUAAUGAACAAGUUUAAAAGAGACAAAUGUAAAUGCUGUAUUUGUGCUUUGAACCUUGGGAUUAUUGCAAAUUAUGCUCGAAAUAGCUGUAACAACUUUGUAACCCAGAAUCAAGUGCAGCAGACAUUUGAAAAGGAUGGUUAAAUACAUACAAGUAGGUUAAGCAACAUAAGAUGAUAACACAUAUCAUUCUAGACCUGGGAACACAUCUUUGGCUUGGAGUGCUUCUACUCGUAUC